CUACAUAAAACUAUCAGAUGGUUAGAGGAAGGCCAUGGGGGCGCACGACAGCUAGUCUAAUCGAAGGAAACCCACCAAAUGAAGCCCAUUCCGCAACCUUAACGGGACAGACUGAGUCGCUUCGCCGGAAAAAAGACGCUCCGUAAACGCGCACCGUCCCUCUGUGCGGAGGCGCUCAGAGACUGGCUGCUUUACGCGCACCUCAACUCCAGCUUAGCCAAGGCUGAAACUUUCCCCGGCUGUUCUUUGCGUCACAGUAAUUGAAUUUUCAUCGAGGAACUGAGGGGAACUAAACUUUUUUGCUUAAUUACUGUUAUUAAUUUCGGUUGUUUUGCAAAGCAUCGACAAUGCCUCGCCCGGGGAGAAACACGUACAGCGACCAGAAGCCACCUUACUCCUACAUUUCUCUGACCGCCAUGGCGAUCCAGAGCUGCCCCGAGAAGAUGCUGCCCCUUAGUGAAAUUUACAAGUUCAUCAUGGAUCGAUUCCCUUACUACAGGGAAAACACCCAGCGGUGGCAAAACUCUCUGCGCCACAACCUGUCAUUCAACGACUGCUUCAUCAAAAUCCCCCGGCGCCCGGACCAGCCGGGCAAGGGCAGUUUCUGGGCUCUGCACCCCAACUGCGGGGACAUGUUCGAGAAUGGAAGUUUUCUGCGACGCCGCAAGAGGUUUAAGGUGUUGGCAGCGUCAGACCACCUAGGUCCCACCAAGCAGUCAGAUGCUGCGCAUUACCUCCAGCAGCAAGCCAAGUUGAGACUCAGCGCCCUGGCGGCCACCGGCACCCACCUUCCCCAGAUGUCAACGUACAACCUCGGAGUUUCCCAGUCGUCGACCUUCAAGCAUCCGUUCGCAAUAGAGAACAUCAUCGCCCGGGAGUACAAGGUCCCCGGCAGCCUGGCGUUCUCCACCAUGCAGUCCAUGUCUGCCGGGUACCCGCUGCACAACCAGCUCACGACGGCCUGGCCCCACAUGUACAACAGCGGCGUAAUCGACACGGCGGCCCCGAUCUCCAUGGCGAGCAGCGACUACAGCGCGUAUGGGGUGCCCAUAAAGUCACUGUGCCACGGGGGACAGUCCUUACCAGCCAUUCCAGUGCCGAUCAAGCCCACCCCGACCUCCAUGCCGGGCUUUUCCGCACUACCUCCACACAUCCCCGCCUUCCUGUCAAACUCUCCGCAGUCCCUGAGCCCGACCUCCCCACAGACAGCGACGAGCCAAAGCAGCCCGGCGACCCCGAGCGAGACACUGACGAGUCCCUCCACGCUGCAGUCUGUGGCCGUGCACUGACCGUCCGAACUUUUCCAGGCUCCCCCUCCCCUAUUACCAAAACCCAAAGUUUAUAUUUUCUGCAGUCGGAAACUAUCAAGGCGAGUGGAGGUUGCAUAUCGAUUUAUUUGUGUAUAUGUGUUGAAUGUGUCGCUUUAAAUCGUGUCAAGUCCAGCACAGAACCGCACACGAAGAAUUGCUCUUGAAAAUAUAAAUUAUUUGAUAGUUUUAUUUUUCAUUUUGUUGUGAUAUGUAAGUGUUGAUGAUGGGGGCCACCGAGAUGAUCAGUGGUCGGCGGGCUUGUUUUGUUUCUGGCAAGAACCCUGAUUUGAACAUUUGCACCGUUUCUUCUGGACCACCAUAAUGUCAAUAAUAUUGCAAAGAGAAAUGCUCAUUUUUGUUUGCUUUGAACACUGGAAUGAUGGUAAAGGGUAUACCAAAUAGGAGUAGUAUUUAGAGCUGUUUUUACACCAUCCCUGAAAAAAGACAGAAAAGCAAACUGAGUUAAAAAUCUUUCCAAAAACUGAAAGGUAUAAUGUCGUCCUCAAAAUGCAAGAUGGGAACAUUUGUUGUAAAAUGCACUUUUUUAGUUUAACGUCUUAGAUAUCUAUUUUACAGGAGAAAAAAAUGUUCUGUGAAGCAUUUAAUUUAAAACCGUGGUGACCAUGUUUAACAGAUGCUGUAAAAUUUGUAAUUUUUUUAAGGUGAAGCAUGCGUCCCUGAAUUUGUAUUGUUCCUGUUGGUGUUGUUAUUGUUGUUAUUUUUUUUCUUUUUGAUUCACUCAAAUUCUAUUUUUUCUCUUUUUUUUUUUGUUAUUUUAUUUUUUUAUUUUAUUUUGCAAGCAUGCGUGCUUUGGAAAAGUGUGCAAACAGUCUGCGAUGGAUUGGGAAAAUGGUCGUCGUAAUAUUUUCUCAUUAAAAGUGGAGUAAACAAUCAAAACAUGUUUCCCGAAGGUUUAAUCCGAAAAAAAUAUUCUUCUUCUUCUUCUUAUCAUUAUCCUUAUUAUUAUUAGUCCAUUAUUAUUAUCUUUAUUAUUUCCAUUUAAUUAUUGUAAAAAAUUAAGAAAACCACUUUGAUUAAUACUACUGCUACUAAUAAUAAUAACGAGUGUGAGAAAAGCAGGGAGGGAUUUGGUUCAGAAAUGAUGGUGCAGUCGAUUAGGAUGCAGGGAGCUGAGAGGCUCUGCUCACAGCGCAGACAACCAGCCUCAUUCAUCAAGCCGAGCUAAACACUGUUGGGUCUUAAAAGACCCACACGCAGCAAGCAAAUAAAUAUUUCUUUUGCAUCUAAUAUCACGGUGGGGAAUUUUAUAUUUAAAUUAAUUCAUCUUCAAUCUUUGGCAUUUUUUUAAAAUCUGUUUUGUUUUUCUUCUGUUCUUUAGGACAUUUAAUUCAACAGGUUAUCAGACAUAAAGUCGAGAAUAUCUGCAACCUUUUUAUUGAUAUUAUUUAAAUUUUAAAAUCAAUUUUUGCAUCAUCCUGAAAAGGGAAUUAAAAAAACAAAAGCAACAGCCUCUUUCGGAGCAUUAAACAAAUACAUUAGAAUUCUGUCACUUUAUGCAAUCCAGAUCAAAUAAUAGGUCUCGGGCCACUUCAUUCUGCCUCAUUCACUUGUAUUGAAAGUGUAAAGAAUGGUAAACUUCGACUGGGCCACCAAUGUAGAUUUAGCCUUUUUCUUUUCAGCAAGACAAAAAGACAGAUUUUUUUUCUUCUUUCACAAAAACAUUGCUGACUGGGGAACUAGGAAACGAGCUGCCGAGACCCUUUUGGAAUUUAAAUCCACCCCUCCCCCCGUGGACUGUUUGUACAACAGUGUUAGCUCUUCUUUUUUUACCCCCUCCUUCACUUUGUGCAUUUGUGUUUGUAACAUUAAUUCUGACUGUGGAUGAAUAAAUGCACUGAAUGAAGCUCCGAUGUUUUUUACAGCGGAGAGGUAUAUUAGUUAGGCAAACCGUUUCAGAUAGUCAUUACAAUUAUUGCAAAAACAAAAAUACAUUCAAUAUUUUUAUUUAUUUGGCCUGCUGAAGUAAAUGCUUGAGAAAUUAUGUCAGAAAAAAAAUGAAAACAAGUAAAUUAUUAUUUUCAUUCCAUUUUAUUUAGUCUAAUUGAAUUUAUUUUAUUUUGUUAUUCUUUACUGACUUGAUUUCUUUUUUCUUGAGGGGAAAGUGUGUUGCGCAAAGCAAGCAAAUAUGUAAAUAAAUCUAGAAACAGUUCAUUGUAAAUUCACCCCUUAAGAUGAAAUGUAAAACUAACUUACAGAUUUCAUUUAAGUGAAAAAAGGAGCAUUCAAAUUUAGCAUAUUUCAUCUUAAAAAACACAAUUUUUGAAUCAUGCUUUAAGGAAAGGAAUAACACAGUUAAACAAAUAUGGUGCAUGGUUGUCUUAUUCUCAAUUUUAUUGCCAAUAAAAUAACAUACACAGCCUAAACUGAGUAAAAUCAUGUUAAAGCUGCAGAAUCAAAAUGCAAAAAUACAAAUAAAUUAGUAAAUAAAUAAUAAAUAAAAUGAAAAUAAAUAAUACAAUAACAAUGAUAUGCUGAAGAAAUCGGUAAACCAGAUAUUGUCCACAAUCUGUUAUUUUUGUUUCUCUUCUUCACACUUAUUCUUAUUUUUCUUUUUACUAUUUCAUGAAGUUCAGUCAUCGGUAAGAAUUUAGUUGUAUAAUCGAACACUGCUCUGUCCUUGUUCUUUCAACUAUGUUCCACUUAGACAAAGAAGAAGGUCAUCACAGGCAGGGGAUGAAAUAUAGACCACAUGCAUAAAAAAAAAUAAAAGCCCAUGUUGUAGUUUAAUUAAAAUAAUUCAUUAAAGUGUGGGCCCAAGGUAAUUAGUAUGUAUAAUUUAUGAUUUGCCUAAUGCAUGCAGGCACUGGCCUCUGCAAUAAACUCAGCUUAAUCCCAAGUAAAGAACCGAUGUGGACAGGUUGCUUUUAUUUACAGUGUGUUUGCUGUUUGUCAGGAGUAAGCAAGCAUCUAAGCAAACCCUGGCUGCUACCUGGCUCCACUCUGCACACAAACAACUUCCACUAUACGUGUUUAUCUUCAGGAUUUAUGGUCACUCGCAGGAGAGCCUGUCACAUUUGUUGAGUGGCAAACAAUAUUGGCAAUAGCCCCCUCUUUUCUUUUGGCAUUUACAUUCACAUCCACCGUAUCUGGUUGGUCACUCUCGUUGAAGGUAGUUUCCUCAGCCUUCUUUGAGUUGACGGAAUGAGGACAAACACCGCAAAGUGCAGCUCAUCCUCUCCCUCUCUCUCCCACAGCAGCUUGUCAGUGGCAACUUCUAGAGGAAAAUAAUCAGCGACAGACAAGGCUUACAUUAAUCAUACUCUGCAAAUGUGCCAAUCCCAGACAAGCCCUUGACAUUUUAAAACAUGGCUAGUGGCUUUAUUUUAUCAUAUCUUGUGAGGAUUGUUUUCUGCAAAAACAACACAGUAAAGCAAAUAUUUUCAGACGGCGCUGCGGACCAUGGUAAACAGAUUUAUGUUAGUGGUAAACAGAGCAACCCGUGGGCUCAAGUGAUUGUUGGAAAGGAGACUAUUUUCCCUUUAAGCUUCUAAGUCAAUUUUCAGGUGACCUCAAAUAGAUUAUUAGGCUUGCUAUGAGUCAACUUUUUGCAAUGAGAAUAAUAUUUCUACUUACUCUUCAGAUGUCACAGUGCACAUCAUCAUUAUAGCACUAAAAGCCCAAAUCAUCAGUGAUAAUGUGUGGCUCCCUAGGGUAAAUAAGCUGACUGGCUGUGGCUGAGGGCAAAGGGCAGGUAUGGUGGGGGCAGCCGGAAGGACAGAGACGUGGAGAGAGGGAGGGUGCUGCUGCAUCCAUGACCGGCUCAGCCAAACACCCAUGUGUGCAUGAAAUUAGAGUGUCAACAUCUGAUUCAUGCUUCUGGGUGGCGACUGUGAAACAAAUUAUGUCAGCGGGUGGCAGCGGUGAAAUUCCACUGAGCUGCAGCAAAGAGUGUCCCCCGCGAAGGUACAGCAGGCCGUAGAUCUUGGUUUAUAUAGCGGAGAGAAACUUUUUAGCAUUGUAAAUCUGAUUGUAUUUUAAUCAACAUUUCCACUAAUUUGCAAAAUAACAAUAAAGGAGAAAAUAUUUUUUCCAUUCUGUCCUUGUGCUGCAGACACUGAACAGUUUUAAGUGCUCUAAUGGAUGUUGGUGUCACAAAGGAGAUUCAGUGCUUCUUGGAUACUUGAGACAUAUAUGUGAGUGUAACUGCAAAUGAAAAGGACUGUGUGCAGGAAACACAUUGUAAAUAUAGCUGUUUAUCAAUUUAAAGGUUUGCAAAAAUGUGAACAUUUAAUGUUUUCUGUUUGUUUAAAUGUCAAGUGUCUGAGGAGGCACAGAUGUUGUUCGGGAUGUAUUUGUAUUCUGUAAUUUUUAUCUGUGUAAAUAAAGUUAAAGGAACCA